CUAUCGUCGAGUGAAACGCCCUGUGCGUGGCUGCAUGUUGGAGACCGCCCACGGGAGUUUGAACGCAGCUGGAGAUUCAAGAGGAUCAUGAAGAUGACGCAGAACCGUACCGGUGCUUCAGCAUUCCGCUUCGAACACAACAUGGAUGACAAGAUAUGGGAAAGUGAAGUUGCGGGUACGCGAUACCAGCCGGCAGGUCACCCGUGGGCUGCUCUGGUGGCUUUUGACAGCGUACUAGCAGCCAUUUUGGGUGAUUUUACCCAUAUUGCAGUGGGCAAUGAACGUAGCGCCAAUUACGGCAACAACGUUGUCCACGAGGGUCGAGCAGUCAACCACCAGUACGACAAGAGCUUUGACUUUGAGACACGAGUACACACCUAUAUCCGCAAGUAUUUGGUGGAAGAUUUACACUACUUUUCGGCUCUGCAACACCUGUGGGAGGUCCAAAUCGCACGGACAUUUGCGAGUCGAUCUCUCGGGAGCUCUGAGAAUUUCCUCCCCGUCUUUUUGAGCUGCAACGAAGCUCCUGAUGGCGACAAGUGGUGCUGCAAGUGUGCAAAGUGCGCCUUUGUGUUUAUUCUCAUGAGCGCGUGGUGCUCGGAAGCUCAGCUGGUGGAGAUUUUUGGCGAAAAUCUGUUCGAGAAACAGUCGAUGUUUCCCGAAUUUCUCUCGCUGCUAGAUGAGGAAGGCGUUAAGCCGAUGGAAUGCGUUGGCACGGCUUGUGAAACAUGGCUGUCGCUGUAUUUGGCAUUGCGAGCACACGGAGACAGCAUGUUUUUAAAGUCUCACGACCAGGAAAUUCGUCUAAAGGGGGAAAAGCUCAAGUAUCUUUUGGACGACUACAACAGUGAACACCUACUUCCAGAAUUCCUGGAACCUACUCUGCGCCAACCCGUCAUGAUGCUGGGAGCUUAGCUUCGAACGUGUAGUGGAUCCAAAGAUAUUCGUUUUGAAAGAAAUCUAUCUUAACAUUUGUGUUAGCAGCAAUACUUGCUCGAAAGAGAAGAAAAAAAAUGUACAAAACUACUGAGC